CAAGGGUGACAUUACCUAUUGGACAAUUGGGAGGAUAAUGAUGAUAUGUCUUACUUAUGGAAAACAGCUAGGAAUCGACCAUAUGGUUGUGAAGGGGUUUCAGUCAUUUCCCGCAUGGAAGUCAUUUGCUAUGAAAUUUUUUUCUGGUCGUUUGAAACAUGCCCAUGUUGCUCUACAACUCCAGUCUGUUUUGGAAGAUACUCUUGACCGCGAGUGGAGGCGUCCUGGCCCCAUAUAUAUAAACAGUGGCUCCAUAUCUAUUCACAGUAUUGUUUAUUUCUUGGACAGUAUUGUUUUCCACAUGUUUAUCUCUUCAGGGAUUUUUUUAACGACAAGAUCUUCUCUUGUCGGAUGGCUUGCACAAUUUCCCUCAACUGCUACUCCAAGUACAGAAGCGCUCAAUCACCUUAAUGAUAAUGUUGUAUACUUUAUUGUUGAUUUAGUUCAAGAAAUUCUUUUCAGUAAAGACUGCUCAUUAUCUUGGAUUCAAAAAUCAAAGAUUGAUCCCUCUUAUUACCAUCCAAUUUUAGCUUUGAAGCUGGCGAUGUUAAUAAGUUUAUUUGAGCUGCAAGCAGAAGAUAAUUCUAGACUCCUUGCUAGUAUGUUGCUUGGGAGUGAGAAUAUUGCUCAUUUGCUUCCACCGAAGUUUGUAUAUUGUCUUCUAAGGACCAGGAAGGAUCGUAAUUUGAACUUAUCUGUAGAUGCGGUUGCACAAGCUUUUCUAUAUGUAGAGGAUCCUCUCCUGAUUGUUAGUUCCAAAGGUAAGAUUGAGACUGAUGAUACUUGUGCUAUAUUUGUGGACUUUACAAAAUCUAAAGAGGAGAUACUGAACAUAGUGUUGGCUAAGAAAACCAUGCCUCGUGACUAUCAACUUCUUGAGAACUUUGGUGUCGAAUUUCCUUUACCUAGUGGGCCAAUUCCCGAGUAUCUGUUGUCUCCGGCUUCUAACACUUCAUCAGAAGAUAACCCGAACAUGAUGAAUUAUGUAUCAGAGAGCAGCAACACAACUGAGGCUCAUCAGUUGAGGAAUUAUUUAAAGGAAUUAGGUGCUGAAGUUAGCGAUGGAGGUGGUAACACUCGGGAUGUGAAUAACAAGAAGGGGAAAGGUAAAAAUGGGAAGAAGGGUAAAAGAAAUGGCCAGACUUCCUCAAACAAUGGUGAUCUUCAUCCACUUACCAUGAUGGCACCCGAAUUGCUACCAGCUUAUCUUAAAAACAUUGCUAAUUUCAUAAAUGAGAACAAAGGAGAGUCAUUGAGUUCAUCAUCUGCUAUAGCCUUGAUAAAUAAAAAAUCUGAAAUGAUUUUGCACGGAAUGGAGGCUAGUAUUGAGGAUUAUAAAUUCCGCGCGAAAGAAUGUAGAACGAAGCAUGUAAACUUAAAGAUUUGUGAGGUGCUUCGUUGUGAUGUUAAAAUGAGCAUAAAAGAGGAGUAUCUGCAACUGAUCUUGGAGAAGCUGCUGGAAAAUGGUUUGAUAAAGCUAGAUCCCACGACUCAGGAAUCAAAGGGUGGGCAAAUGGCAGUUUCAGGGAGCAGCAGUACCACUGAGGUUAUAGAAACACAAACAGAAGACCUGAAGACCAAGAAAGGGAAGGGAAAGAAGGGUAAAAAGAUAUGACGGGUUUGUAUGGCUUGUUUAUUCUGCUUUGUAAUAUGUAAUGGAAACUGCUUUCAAACUGUUUCUGAGCACUAGUCCUCUUUUCGGUAUCAACGGAGGGGCAGAAUUGUUACCAUAUAGAUGCAGUGAAUUAUUCCGGGACAUUUUCAAUGGUAGCUAGCUACUUUGAUGAUAUAUCACUGUCCCUUUUGGCUUU